CUUGUGUCCUUUGGAAGAGGAGGAGAAGGAGGAGGAGGAAGAGGAGGGGAAGGGGAGGGGAAGGGGAGAGGGAAGCUGAAGAUUAAGGGGAGAUGGAAUGUCUUUACAGGGGAAAAAAAAAAGAAGAUUAAUGUGUAGAUGGUGUUAGCAGACAAAUGGUGUGGUUGGAGUAGCAGGUGGAGUACAUACGUGGUUUGUAGUGGAGUGAAGGGGGCGGAGGAUGAAGGGGUUAUAGUGAAGUGGAUGUGGUUUUGAACAGAGAACUGGUGGAGAAAAAUGUGGAAACUAUUAAUGUAAGGAUGGAUGAAGAAGGAAGAAAGUCAAUGAAAGAAAUCAGUGUUGGAACGAAGGAGGUAGUGGAAGAAGUGGUUAUAGUGGAAUGUAUUUGCUUGGGACAGAGAAGAAGAUGGGCCCUUGAGAACACCUGUGGAAGACUGAAGGGGAGACAGAGAGGGAAACAGAGAGAGACGGACAUGAGGCAGAGGAAACAAUUAAUGGACCCUUGAAAACACCUGUAGAAGACUGAAGGUGAAACAGAGACAGAGAGAGAGAGAGAAAGAAAGAUGGAGAGAGUCAUAAGGGAAAGUUGCAAAGAAUAGAGAAGAACCGAAUAUGUAUAAGGCAGGAUAACAAGGGAAGAAAUGGGAAAGAACUGGGAAUAAGUGAGUAUACAAAAAAAAAGAUGUAAAGAAUAGGGAGAAACUGAAAACGAAUUAGAGAUAACUGAGGAAGAAGUGGAGAGAACUUAGGGAAGACUUUUGUGUGGCGCCAAUCUCUGACACUUGGGAAAAGGAAAAGAGAGAAUAGGAUGUUAAAGGCAAAGAGGAGGAAGAGGAAGAGGAGAUAGUAGUGGUGGUGGUGGUGGUGGUGGUGCACUGUGAGAGUGUAGUUUGUUGGGGGUUGUGGGGGGGAGGAAGGUUUGGAGGGGGGACAAUCACGACUUUGUGUUGACUCGGUGACGCCUCUCUCUCUCUCUCUCUCUCUCUCUCUCUCUCUCUCUCUCUCUCUCUCUCUCUCUCUCUCUCUCUCUCUCUCUCUCUCUCUCUCUCUCUCUCUCUCUCUCUCUCUCUCUCUCUCUCUCUCUCUCUCUCUCUCUCUCUCUCUCUCUCUCUCUCGAGUCGUUUGUUUUUACCCAAGCAUUUAUCGUGGCAGCAAAGUCUCCUCCUCCUCCUCCUCCUCUUCCUCCUCCUCCUCGUCCAGGUAGAAUGACCUCACCAUUACUUCAACACAUAACUGAUUCUUUUUAUAGAUCAGUGGUUCUUGUGGAAUCUGCUUUUUUUUGUAAUUUCAUGCAUUCUCCUCCUCCUCCUCCUCCUCCUCCUCCUCCUUCACGUAGGUAAAUAAAGACAAGAGCGAGGAUUCCUGGACGGGGCAGUGACGGGGCGGGGCUGGGCGGGGAAGGACGGGGCGGGGCAAAAUUCCUGGUAAGACUCGGAAGUUUUGCGUGGCAUGGUUAGAGUGUGUGUGUGUGUGUGUGUGUGUGUGUGUGUGUGUGUGUGUGUGUGUGUGUGUGUUAUUUUUCUUUCAUUCUCUUUCCCCCUUUUUUUUUGUAUGUGUCGAUCUUCCUUCUGCCUUGUGUGUCACGGUGUUUCGUUUUGUUUUUCUUUCUUAUUUUUUUCUUCUCUCAUUUUUCUUUCCGUGUUUGUCUCUUGUUGUUGCUUCCUCGCCUUGUCUCCGUCUUGUGUUUCUUUCUUUUUUCUUUCUUCUUUCUCAUCUCAUCUCUCUCUCUCUCUCUCUCUCUCUCUCUCUCUCUCUCUCUCUCUCUCUCUCUCUCUCUCUCUCUCUCUCUCUCUCUCUCUCUCUCUCUCUCCACCGUGUCGCUUUCUUUUCCUCGUUUUGAAUUCUGACCCUUGUUCCUUGUUGAAACUGUCCUUUCUCUCUCUCUCUCUCUCUCUCUCUCUCUCUCUCUCUCUCUCUCUCUCUCUCUCUCUCUCUCUCUCUCUCUCUCUCUCUCUCUCUCUCUCUCUCUCUCUCAGAUCCUGGAUGAGCUAAUUCCCAUUCCCUGUGUGUGUGUGUGUGUGUGUGUGUGUGUGUGUGUGUGUGUGUGUGUGUGUGUGUGUGUGUGUGUCGCAGCAGCAGAAUAGAAAAAAAUAAAUAAAAACGAAAAAGAAAAAAAAAACUAAAACCAUCUUUGGGAUCUUGAGCAAAUACAGUCAGAGAGAGAGAGAGAGAGAGAGAGAGAGAGAGAGAGAGAGAGAGAGAGAGAGAGAGAGAGAGAGAGAGAGAGAGAGAGAGAGAGAGA